AUGAUACCAGAAAAGCCCCUCCCGUGCUCCGAUGAGUUCGACUCGCCCGACGCCUACGUCGCGGCGCUGCUUGAGUUCGCGACCACGACGGACAUCUUCCAGAUCCUCUGCGGCGGCGUCCACGUCCUCGACUUCUUCACAACCGAAUCAGGCCUCUUCUCCCAGAUCCUCCCGCGGGAAUGGCAGCCCUUCCUGUUGUCCUACGACACCAUGGCCCUGCUCGACCUGCUCAUGCGGGACGACCUCGACGCCCUCCCGCUGGACUCCAUGGACCCCCCGCCGCCGGCGAGCUUCCUCGAGUACAUCCGCAGCGUGCGCCGCCUCUCCCUGCGCAGGACCUUCUCGCCCUCAUCCGAGGCCGAGACGAAGCCGCCGCCGAAGCUCUCGCGCUCCGUCGCCGUCGGCAUGAAGCCCAAGAAGGUGCACGAGGUCUCCCACUUUGCGCGCUACGUCGACUCCCUGGCGGGCGCCAUCUCGUCCCGCUGGGGCAAGGAGACGACGCACUUUGUCGACUUUGGCAGCGGCCAGAACUACCUCGGCCGCACCCUCGCCCUGCCGCCGUACAACCGCCACGUCGUCGCCGUCGAGGGCCGCGAGCACAACAUUGACGGCGCAAAGGGGCUCGACGUGCUCUCCGGCCUCGCGAGCAAGGAGGUCGUCAUGCGCAACAAGAAGCUCUGGCUGCAGAUGCAGGCCGACAGGCUCGGCACGGACGCCGUCAAGAACGCGCCCAGCAAGCCCUCGAGCGACGCCGUCGAAGACUUUGACUUCCGCCCCAUCAAGGAGCUCGAGCCGCAGUACAACCGCGCGCUGGGCAAGGGCUCCGUGUCAUACGUCGUGGGCCGGCUGGAGAGCGGCGACCUGUCGGAAGUCAUUGGGCGCAUCGAGAAGGAGGUGCUCCCGGAGGAGGAGGACAAGGAGCUCAAGAUGAUGGCCGUGUCGAUCCACUCGUGCGGCAACCUCUCGCACUACGGCAUCCGCUCGCUCGUCAUGAACCCGGCCAUCCACUCCGUCGCCAUCGUCGGCUGCUGCUACAAUCUGCUGACGGAGAAGCUGGGCCCGCCGACCUACAAGUACACCUACGCCCGGCCCAGCCUGCAGGCCCUCAACGGCCGCGUCGUCCGCGAGUCCGAGCGGCGCGACCCGGAGGGCUUCCCGCUCAGCGAGACGCUGUCUACCUACAAGGGGCAGGGUGUGCGCAUGAACAUCACGGCGCGCAUGAUGGCCUGCCAGGCGCCGCAGAACUGGACGCAGUCCGAGAGCGACGACUUCUUCACGCGGCACUUGUUCCGCGCGGUCCUGCAAAAGAUCUUCCUCGACCGCGGCGUCAUCAACAAGGUCUACCACCGCGACCCGGACGCCGCCGCCGCCGCCACGGGGACCGAGGCAGGCGACGCGCCCGAGGAGUCCCCCUUCAACACGAGCACGAACCCGGUCAUCAUCGGCUCGCUGCGCAAGGCGUGCUACCGGUCCCUCAAGGACUACGUCCGCGGCGCCGUCGCCAAGCUGACGACGAACCGCGAGUACAGCCAGUACAGCGACGUCAUCCGCGAGAGAAUGGCGGACAUGUCCGACGAGGACAUCGCCGCGUACGAGCAGGAGUACCUGUCCCGCAAGAAGGAGGUCGCCGCCGUGUGGAGUCUGAUGGCUUUUAGCGCGACCGUCGUCGAGUCGCUCAUCGUCACUGACCGCUGGCUAUUCCUUCGGGAGCACGCCGACGUCGUCCGUGACUGCUGGGUGGAGACCGUCUUCGACUACAAGGAGAGCCCGAGGAACAUGGUGGUAGUGGGCAUCAAGAAAUAG